CUGGCCGGAAGGUUACCUCCCACGUUCGUCAAAACGUCGCAUCCGGUACUGGCGAUAGCCGUCAACCCACCCACCGCCUUGCCCCAAGCCGCCACCGCCAACGACCUCCGGUGGCAGCCCUCUCUCGACUUUGACACCGACGGCUGCUACAACGUCCCAGCCAUUGGCGCCGACGGCACCAUCGCCCAAGGCCUCCCUCACAACUUCGUCUCUCCCUCCUCCGACUGCCGCGACCCGUCCGACCUGGACAACAACAAUGUCUACUCGCGACAGCGCUGCAAUGCCAACGGCUGGUGCAUUUAUCUCUAUGACUACUACUUCGAGAAGGACGUAGCCAUCCCCUACCUGCUGGAUGUGGGCCAUACCCACGACUGGGAGCACAUCGCCGUCUGGGUGGACGCAAACAACAAAGCCCAGUACGUUGCCGCCUCUCGGCACGGCGGCUACCAGAUCAAGGCCGCCGCUGAUGUCAGGUGGGAUGGGGAGCAUCCCAAAAUAGUCUACCACAAGGAUGGGGCGAACACGCACUGCUUCCGGUUCGCGGACGCGGCGGAUGAUGCCAUUGAGAAUGCUAAGGGCGUCUGGUUCAGGGGCCCAUUGGUUUCGUAUAAUGGGUUUCCGGCAGGGAUUAGGGACCUGUUGUAUGCGCACGAUUUUGGGAAGGCGAAUAUUGCGCUCAAAGACUCGGCGUUUCCGGGGAAUAUCAUGAGUGCGAAGCCGGCUGCUAUCACUUUCGAUGCAUAUGUAGAUGCCUUGGGGUCGCCAGGGUACCCUUAG